GUUGGUUUAGCGAGCUGCCCACAAGCACAGCAGACAGAAUGUUUGAGAAUAAAUAAAAAUACGAAAAUCACCAGUCACAUUUUACUCGGGAAUGACUUGCACAAUUAAAUUUUAACAAUUAAAAUCUAGAAGAUAAUUCAAUUAAAAUAAUUAAUAAGAAUAAUACGUUUUCCUUCCUGAAUUUGAGAGUUUCAUUGCAAGAACAAGAGAAAAACAGGACAGGACGAGACGAGACGUGGCAUGUAAUAAGUAAACAGAAGAAAGAAAGUAACGAGUCAUUGUCGAAACGUUUAUCAACUAAUUGGGUGAUUAGUAAUCCGUUCAUUUAAUUUCUGGAAUCGAAUAUAUUUCGAGUUGAUCGUGGUAAGGAAAAAUUCCAAGAUGUCGUCGCGUGACGAAAUUUUGACAGAUUUUCAGGCAUGCACUGGUAUCGAUGACGUUGAAGUGGCAAUUCUUCAUUUAACUGAGAAUAAUUGGGAUUUACUAAGCGCCGUCAACAAAGUCUUACCACAAGAUACUCAAACGUUACCCUCUGAACGAAGUUUUCCAGUCUUUCCAUCCGUUCCAGUGAAUAGAUUUCGAGGAUUCUUAGAUAUGGAUCAUGAUUCUUCAGGGUUAGACACAAUUGAUAUCGACGAAGCUGACGACGCAGUACUGGUCCCUCCUCCGCGAAAUCCUAGUAACGGAGUCAUUCGUCACAGUAGUCAAGCUUCAAGCGCUACUACUACGAGUGUUAAACAAAAUAGUUCCUCAUCGACAUCCUCAAAAACAGCAGAAACACCCUUCUUUGUCAAAGAGGAAAAACCCCGUAGUAGUUCUUCGUCAAACUCUCGUGCUAAAGUUACUCUGAGCAGCGAUUUUAUGAAAUCUGGCCCCAGUGGGUCCAAAAAAGGUGCAGGCAGUAGAGAGAUUACAUUUAACGUGCGGUUAGACACCACAGGGGCUGCGCUGACGGCGAAGCUCGCUGAGUGCGAGACGGUCGACACGUUGAAAACGCUCAUUCAUGCUCAAUUCGAAAUCCCUCCUUGUCAGCAAAAACUAAAAGGAUGGCCAAAAUGUCCAUCUGACGGUGCAAAGUUGGGCUCUUUGGGUCUUCCUGACGAAAUAAACUUGUCUCUUUUCACAAACGGUCCAGCCAUGGACUUUACAGGGGCUGGGACUAGCAGCAGUAGCAAUAGUGUCGGAAAAACUGAAGAUAAAUAUUCACUCGUAAUAAACGAUGAAACAAAGAACGAGACGCUUGCGAUUGACUUUCCUGGUUCGACAACGGUCCGUAGCGUAAAAGAGGACAUGUCCCACGUAAGUGAUACUCCAGUCCGGUUCCAAGUUUGGACGGGAUGGCCAACUGGAACUACUGACACCAUGACACUAAGUGCAUGCGGGCUGGAUAAACCUCGUCAUACUUUAUCUUUUCGAAAACAAGUUUCUGCUGCCAGUUCUUCUGCCGAUCUUAGUAAAAGGAUGAUGGAGCUUGGUGAUGGCUCGGAGACGUCGUCAGACGUGGAAGACCUUACAGAGUCGUAUCCAUUAGAGGAGGAUUUCUACAGUCAAGAAGUCAGCACAACACCACAACGAUUUCUUAUUCCGGACAAUGCACCAGACGAAGCUGUAGGAUCGAUCCAGUUUGCUGACAACUUUUUCGCUCGAUACGGUUCUUGUCAUCCAAUGUUUUUCCACGGAACGCUAGAAGAUGCUGUGAAAGAAGCGUGUUUUCAGCCAGCCAAAAAUAGAAAGUUAUUGGCAAUCUAUUUGCACCAUGAUGGAUCCGUCGUUUCCAAUGUAUUUUGCCAACAUAUCCUGUGUAACGAGUCUGUCGUGUCGUAUUUAACGGGGAAUUAUGUCAUUUGGGGGUGGGACGUUACCAACGAAUCGAAUCGGCAGUUGCUCUUGGCUGCUGCGAACAAGAACUUUGGAGCUCCUGGAGUGAGUGCAAUUCGCAGUAUAGAACGUGAAAGGUAUCCUGUGAUAAUUGUGGUAUCCCGUGUCCGAGCUACGACAGAAAUCAGCAAUGUGAUUUAUAGUCCGAACGCGGCCACCGUAGAUGAAUUAAUGGGCAAUUUGAUGAAUACUUCGGAAAUGUAUCAAACUCAGAGACAAACCGACAUUCGCGACGAAGAUGAGCGCGAGGCGAGAGAGCGAGUAAAACGUGAACAAGAUGAAGCUUACGAAUUGUCAUUGAUCGCUGAUCGUGCCAAAGAUGAGGCCAAGCGCGCAAUGGAAGAACAAAAGCUGACGGAGGAAAUGAAAGUCCAAGAAGCUGCUGAACAAGCCAAGAUGCUUCGUGAUCAAAUUGCUACUACUCUGCCCCCAGAGCCAGACACCAGCUGCACUGAUCCCGUCUGCUCUUUAAAAUGCCGACUUCCUGGCGGAAAAAUUAUUUCGAGAAGAUUUCUCCAAUCUACAACUUUGAAUGUUCUGUUUGACUUCUUGUUCACCCAAGGGUUUUCACCGGACGAGUAUCGAUUUUUGACAACGUACCCAAAACGUGAUCUAGCUGAUUUGGUCGCGACCACCACGAUGAAUGGCAUCUUUAGUCCUCAAGAUACUCUUAUUGUGGAAUUACGAUGACCGUCGAUAAAUUAUUAGUAGCCGUAUUAUACUUUUUGCAAUGUAAUAUUCGAUGAUCUUUUUAGUUUCUCCGCCACUCAGCUAGUAAGGUAUUUAUGAAGUUUGGUCUUUGUACAACAAUGUAAAAUAUGUAACAAUUUAAAAAACUGAGAAAAUGUACCCGUCAAAUCUGACAAUUCUCCUCCUCGCCUGUCUCAGUUAUCGUCUUAUUAUUGAACCGCAUUGAAUUUUAUUCAUAGUCUAGUUAGUUCUCAGGUCAAAGUUAGUUUAUCGUUACGUUAAUUUCGCGUACAAAAAGACGAUAUUUGGCAAUGUCAGUUAAUUACAUAUUUAAGAGGAGUAUUUACAAAGUUGUAAAUUUCAGAUUUGAAUGUGAAUUGGUUGUAUGCAUUAUCUUAUCACUCACAUAAGAUCAAAUUUGUUUUGUUUUUGGGGGAACUUUGAGAAACCUCAUGACAGACCCCAGAUAAACUUUUCAGCUUCCUCUUGGCUCUUGACGUAGCAAAGAUAAGAAAUUUGAGGAUUACAACUUCAAGUGUUUUUUAUGAUUUUAAGUGGGCAAUUUUGAUAAGGUCUACCUUCUCACAUGAUGUUGGUUAAUUAGUUACAUAUGAAUUUAUUGUUCUUACUUGCGCACAUACUCAGCGAUUGGGCACGGCAUGUAAUUUAUGACAACAACAUAUAUAGAAGAAACGUAAAUAGCGUAGUUAAGUAGUAUAGUUAAUUAAUUAGUUCCGUUUUACAGUACAUCUGCAAUGAGACUUAUUAUUCGAGAACUUAUCGAGUCCUCAUCUGCUGUAUAUUUAGUAAGAUUUCAUAUUCAAAGUUUUAAAUCGUAAAAGUUAAUUGGAUCGAAGAAGCCCCUUCAAUGAAUUCUGUAAAACAAGAAAAUUUAAAUAAAUAAAGCAAGCAAAUAACGAGA